GCUUUUGGUCCAAAGAUGAACAUCAUCGUCGUUGGGGGCGGGGUCGUCGGCCUCGCGACGGCCUUGGCGCUGCUCGAGGCCGGGCACAAGCGCGUGACGAUCGUCGCCGAGAGCUUCGAGGACACGACGUCGCAUGUCGCCGGUGCAAUCUGGCGCCCGUUUGCACUCUCGGAGAACUCGUCGACAGCGGCAAUCGAUCGCUGGGGCCAUGCCACGAUGCAGUGGCUCGCCAAGCUAUUGCGCGAACAUGGGACUGACGUCGUCGGCAUCCAUCGCGUGACGGGCCGCGAGUACCAUGAUACGCCCACGGCGAGUCAUCCGUACUGGGCGCACUCUGUCGACGACUUUCGAUUUCUCUCGCCGGCCGAAGCCAGCGCGAACGGCGCGCCAUACGGAUUUGCAUACUCGACGCUUCUCGUGCAUCCUGGAAAGCUGCUGCCGUGGAUGCGCAACCAGAUCGCGCUUCUCGGCGGGCGCUUCGAGACGCGCCGCGUUGCAAGCUUGGACGAGCUCCAGUGCGACGUCAUCGUCAACUGCACGGGUAUGGGGGCCAAGCAGCUUGUGCCGGACGCCAGCGCCUUUCCCGUCCGCGGCCAAACCAUUAAGAUCUUCAACCCCGCGAUCAAGGAGUUCCAGAUGCACGAAGUCAACCACGUGUACACGUACAUCUUGCCGCGCCCGGGUGGCGAAGUCGUCUUGGGUGGUACGGUGCAAGCGCACAACUACUCGACGAGCUGCGACGAAAGCGACAUUGCUUCCAUUCGUGCGCGCUGCGAGCGCAUCUGCCCGCUCGUGGCCGGCUCCAAGGUGCUCGGGACCAAGGCGGGCUUGCGUCCGCAGACCGCCAGCGGUGUCGUUCUCGUCGCUGCGCCCCGUCGCAAUCGCCACGGGGCGCUCGUGAUCCACAACUACGGGCACGGCGGCAGCGGCCAUACAUUGCACCGGGGCUGCGCGCUCGACGUCUUGCAGUGGGUCCCUCCCGCCAACGCCAAGCUCUAACUUCUGCUGGAGCUGCUGGAACCAAUGUCGAGAUAGCAAAUUCGAUGCAACAUGAACCAAACAAUUUGCUGUCAAA